ACAGGUACAUUUUUACAUUAUAAAUGUGGGUUAUUGUGCCAAGUUGAUUUACUAUUUACACCGACGAGCAUGGGCGCGUUUUUGUCACGCGCGCGAGCUCUUGGAGGUGCGCUUCCCGACAAGCGUUUUUGUCACAGGGGAGUUCUUGGAGAAAAGCCCUUUUGCAAGUCCACUAUUUUACAGCCUUUGCGAAUGGGAAGCUUGGUAGCAGCCAUGGGAGGAGCUUCGAAAGGUCUUCAACUGCCACUGCGUCAUAUUCCUUCGUCAAGCCUUCAUGUGUCAACGCCCACUUGGUGGCUUGAGAGCCGUUUCCACUUCAGUUUUGCUGAAUACUACAAUCCUAGCAAUCAGGAGUUUGGUGUCCUGAGGGUUUUGAACGAUGAUCUUGUCAAGCCAAACUCAGGAUUUACAACCCAUCCUCACAGAGACAUGGAAAUUUUCACGUACAUUCUGGACGGGUUGCUUACCCAUAAGGACAGCAUGGGGAGCUCGGAGACAUUGGGGCGAGGUGCGGUGCAAUACAUGAGUGCGGGUACCGGAGUGCGGCACUCGGAGAUGAACCAUGGAGACGAGAUGUUGCGGUUUCUGCAGAUCUGGAUCAGACCAAACAGAAAAGGGAUUCCACCAAACUACGGAUCGAGAUCUUUCCGCAAGGACGAUCGUCACAACAAACUCCAUCACGUUGUGACGAGUUACGGCCGGGUUGGCUCACAGAAGGACACGGGCAGCGGCGUGAUCCCCAUCCAUCAGGAUGCGAACAUCUUUGUUUCGGAAUGUGACCCUGGAGUGCAAAUCCAGUUUCCAUUGGAGGCACAGCGGCAAGCAUACAUGGUGUGCAUGGAGGGGUCGCUCAAGGUGAAUGACCAGCUCAAGAUGGAGGCGAGGGACGCAAUCGAGGUUCGCGGCCAUGAUCAUGAGAAGUUCAACCUGGAGGUCAAAGCUGGCGAGGGCCCCGGAGCACAUUUUAUGGUCAUUGAAAUGCCGAAAGAAUAGCUUUAAAGUUAAAACCACCAGUACUUGGGCGACGCCUUAGCAUUAAUGCUACGCGAUUUCCGCGGCCGGCGGGCCGUCGAUAAAUCGAAUCGACAGCCCGCGCUGCUUCGAGAUUUGGGCGGCCCGCACGGCGCGCAGUGCCCAAGUACUGGUGGUUUAAGGCUUGAGCAUAGUACUCGAUGAUCAUAAUAUGUCUGAUGCUGAAAGCUGGUGAGGGCCCUGGACUGAAGCGUACAAGGUUUGCGGCAAUAAUCAUGAGAAGUUCAACCUUGGGGGUUAAAGCUGGCGAGGGCCCCAGAGCACAUUAAAUUUUUAUGGUCAUUGAAAUGCCGAAAGAAUAGCUAAAGGCUUGAGCAUACUAGGUGAUCAUGUCUAAUGAUGAAAGCUGGUGAAGGCCCAGCUGGCGAGCGCCCUGGGACUUCUGGAGCACAUUUUAUGGUAAUUGAAAUGCCGAAAGAAUAGCUAAAGGCUUGAGCAUACUUCAUUGAUCAUGUCUAAUGAUGAAAGCUGGACCAGGUGAAGGCGCUGGACUGAAGCAUAAACUUGAUACAAGGUGAAUGAUGAGACAGAGAUGGAGAUCAGGCACACAAUGGAGGUCCGCGGCGAUGACCAUCAGAAAGUCGACCUGGAGGUGAAAGGCACUGAAGCAGGUGAGGGUCCUGGAGGCCAGAGCACAUGAUUUUAUGGUAAAUUGAAAUGCCUUAGAGAAUAGGUAGAGGCUUGCCCAUAAUAUGAGGAUCAUCUCUAAUGGCGAAAUCUGGCGAAGGCCUUGGAGUGCAUUUUAUGGUACUAAUUGAAAUGCCUAGAGAAAAAAAAAAGGGAAAAAAAAGGAAAUGCCUAGAGAAUAGCUAGAACAGGAUUGAGCAUAGUACGGAGGUUGCAGGUUGCCUUCCUCUUCUGUAAAGGAGUUCGCCCGCUUGUCGACGGAGCCACGGAGAUAAAAGCGGCAGUCUCUCAUCACAGAAAGUAGUGGUGCUGUGAUGACUUCAAUGGAUCAUGAUGCGAUUGCAAGAAGACGUGCUCAAGGAAUUGCACUCUGGAGUCGGCAAUAAAUUACAAAUCGAAUGUGGGCAGAGGAUAUUUUUUUAAACCACAAGUACACGGCCCCACUCUUGCAGUCCGAAACUUGUCGCCACAAUAAAACGAGGCCGUCCUAAACGUCAAACGCUGGGCCGGCCGACGUCCUCGUUUUCGUUUCGCGCCUGCAGAAUUUGAGGUAUCAGACCCGCGGCCCAGGUGCCCAUGUAGUGGUGCUUCAAUGGAGUCCCUUUUUCUUUUUCUUUUCUCUUUCUUUUUCUUUUUCUUUUUCUUUUUCUUUUUCUUUUUCUUUUUCUUUUUCUUUUUCUUUUCUUCUUGUUCUUUGCGUUUAGAAAAAGCAUGUGGGGGGCAAAUGUCCCAAUCGGGAACAAUAUUGUGUUUCGAGAAAGGGAAAAAAACAAUCUGAAAAGAAAAACAAUCUGGAAAAAGACCUGCCAGUGGUCGGGCUUGUCAUGUCGUCAGCACAGAAGCUGUGGACAAAGAAGAAAGAAAAACCAGAAUCUUGCCUGAGCUCGUUCUAUCAAUUUGAAAUUCAAUUCGACAUUGUAGUAUGAUUUUACCAUUCAGUGUCCCAAGUUCAAAGCAAAUUUUACUUUGUUAAAAAUUAUGUCUAUAUAAAUGGAUGGAUGGAUGAACGUACCGGAGAGUCUGAACAUAAUUUCUAAAUGGAUGGAGGGAUGAACAUACAGGACUACGACUACCGCAUUGUAUGCCACCGCAUU